CACCAUACAGUUUACCAGGUACCGCACGCCUUGCCCUGUAUGCGGGUGCGGGUGCUGGUGCUGGUGCUGGUGCUGGUGUUGGUGCUGAUGCUGGUUGCUGUCUCUGUUCUGUCUCUGUUCUGUUCUGUUCUUCUGAUCCGUUCGUCCCGGGUACCAUGCGAGCCCGAGAAUCGAGAUAGAUACUCUACAUAUCAUACCUGGAACCUGAGGCUUACAUACCCUCCCCUCCCUCCCCCCUUCCUCGUGGAUGCUAGCCGAAACACAAGGACAGUCAGGGCAGGGCAGCCUGGCAGGGCAAGAGUACUCUACCUCCUCCUCCUUCUCUCUUCGAUAGUUACCGGUAUUUCUGUGCGCAUCGCGUCGUGUCGGGUUGACUCAGGGACCGCGUCGUCGCCGGGGUCGGAGUAGGCGACGCGGCGGCGACGGCGACACAACCGCGCACAGCCUGGUACUACUCUACAGUGGUGGUACUUGCGGAGGAGGAGGAUGCGUAGGUAGGUGGGUCACAGCAAUCUACAUCCCCGCCGUACGCUACUCACCUAGCCAGGUAUGUAACUACGGUAUAUCCGUACUCUGCGGACUCCGGAGCAAACACGAUCAGCCAGCUGUUUAAAUCCGUCGGAUGGAUUGCAUACGGCACGGUACGGUACUCAGUACUAGGGAAGGCGGAGGGAGGCCCAGCUGGCGG